AUGGGCAGUCGCGCCGACAUGCUCUACGAGGAAUGCGCGAAGCGGCCGGAGGGCACCACCUUCUUCCAGCGGGACCUGACGGGCAUGCACAUCGCGCGUGAUCUCAACGAACUGCUCAAUCUGGUAGGCGACCUAUCCAACCGGCACCUGCUGAAGCCGCUCCAAUUCGAGGGCGAACCGUGCUGGAAACUGCGACCCAAGGACAUUGCCGAAAAACUGCGACGUCUUGUGCCCGACGAGCGGCUGCUCUACCAGCACAUCGAUAAUGCGCACACCGAAGGCGUCUGGUCCAAGGCUCUGCGGGCCAAGACGAACCUUGCGCAGCCCACCGUAACCAAGUAUCUCAAAAGCCUUGAGUCCAAGGACCUCAUCCAGGCCGUCAUGAGCGUCAAGACGCCGAAUCGCAAAAUGUAUUUGCUCAAGCACCUCAAGCCAUCCGAGGAUGUUGCAGGCGGCCCGUGGCAGAACGAGGGAGACUUUGACAGCGCCCUCAUCGAAGUCGCUGCAAAGGUUGUUGCAAAUAAAGUUGAGCAUGACACCUGCAUCAGGGUGUCCGCGGGUUGGAAUAACUAUACGUCCAGCGAUCGCCAGGCCGCCAUUGCACACAAGAAGGCCCAGGUCAAGGGCGUGCCGGACAUCGAGGAUGCCUUGCCAGUCCAACCGUAUCAUCCUCCCACCGAUUCUGGCGCUUCUCGGCUUGUACACAGGAGCAACCCUGGCUAUCCCACCACAAUAACCCUUGCCAAGUACCUCAACGAGACAGGACUUUUGAGAGGGAAGACGGUGCGCGAGUCCGACAUGGAGCAGCUGUUGGAGAUGCUCGUGCUGGAAGGCACACUGGAGAAUGUUUCGGCUUCCACUUACCGAACCGUCAUUCCUCCAACCAAUCAGAAGUUCAACGGCUUCGUCGAUGCGCCCUGCGGAAAUUGCCCAGUCUUUGACCUGUGCAGCGAUGAGGGACCCAUUACGGCCAGGACUUGCGCGUACUUCGCUGAGUGGUUAGAGACGACGUCCGAGGAGCCCUAG